GCGUCACCAUCUUCAAAAAUACGCUCCCCAUCAACACGCAAUGUCCGCCCGCGCACGCAGAGCCCUCCGCGAUCAAGAGCUUACUUCGCAAUCACAAACCCCUAAUGACUCUACUUCGGAAGACGAGACUCUGGCGCCAAACAAAGCGAGCUUGUUUGCUCUGCUGGGAGAAGUUGAGGACGAAGACGGCCAGGGAAACGAGGAACCGGAAGAUGAAGAACCGGAAAAGGAAGGAGGAAAGCCCGAGCAAAAGCCAGCGAAAAGGAAGAGCAAGAACAAGAAGAAAAAGAAAGGGAAGGCAGCAGAGGUAGUUAAGAACGAGGGGAAACUUCACGAUGACGAAUUUGGUGAACUUGUAGCUCCGAAACUGGGGAGCUUACAACCCAAACUAAUGCCCAUCGAUUCAGUACUUACGGUUGAGCCAAAGAACUUUGAUGCGAAUGCUGAGAUGAGGAUUUUGUUUGGCCGGGCCGCGAUGCCCGAACCAGAGGGGGAAAUCUUCCCGGGCCGAAGAGGUGGGAGACAAAGAGGCAGUAUGAGGGGGCGAGAUGGCCGAGUGGUUGGCGGCCGUCGAAAUAUAUUUAUUCAACCAAAAGGCACCGCCUGGCCGAAUGCUACUAGCGUCGGGUUGGGCAUGGAUGUCGUUAGUGUUGGCCUGGAUGGUGGGCCCACGGAGUUUAGGUUUGUGCAUUCGACCGCCUACCAGGAUGUGCAAAGGCAGUUCAAGAUUUGCGUUGAGUCAAUGGAUCCUGAUCGCAUGAUACAGUUACUGCGUCACAACCCAUACCACAUCGCUUCAUUGCUUCAAGUAUCUGAGAUUUCGUCGCAACAACGAAACCAUGAAAGCUCCGGCGAUUUCCUUGAGAGAGCGCUUUUCGCCUUUGGUCGUUCGGUGAACUCUACCUUCAGCGCAAGGCUCUCGGAAGGGAAGGCUCGCCUCUCAUUCCUUCUCCCAGAGAACCGCGAAUUCUGGCUCGCUUGCUGGCGGUACAUUUCCAAUCUCACCAUGCGUGGGACUUGGAGAGCAGCAGAGGAGUUUGGACGGAUGUUGCUUGCGCUAGAUCCCGAACGGGAUCCGUACCAAAUUUGUCUAAUCAUCGAUAUGCUGGCACUGAACGCUCGGCGACCAGAGAGGUUCUUGACGCUCGUAGAGCAUCCAGAAUUCGUCAAGCGUCAUGCACACCUUCCGAAUAUUGCAUUCUCGACGGCAUUGGCGUAUCACCAGCUCCACAAAGAUGCUCUGGCAAGGGAGUACCUCGCCAAAGCUAUCACUCGGUUCCCAUGGGUUCUCAAAAGGCUAUCUAUCGAAUUGAGUAUUCGACACCAGCCCAACACCCCUCUCGCAGCGGAGAUUCUCCCACCAGAUGCACUGCACAGCAUUUUAGCCGAGCUAUUCGUCGAGCGGACAAAAGACCUUUGGAAGGGCGCUGACACGAAACGGUUGCUGGCAGAUGUGGCCGGCUCAAUAUACUCACUCCCCAAAAAGUCAUUCCGUGCACCGCCAACGGAACCCUCCAAUCUAGUCGAGUUUGACGGUGUUAGCAUCGACGUUGCCCGCCACAUACUAUCAACCGGCAACAGGGGCGUAAUACAAUACCUUCCCCGAGAAUGGAUCAGGGUACCCACAAUCAGUUACGACCCCCUUCCUCCAGUGGAUAGUAUUGGAACGGCUCCAUUGUCUUAUUUACAGAAUCUUGUCUCCUCCGUGGCUCCUAUCUUAGAGCGGGCGCGGGCUGUGGGUGGGGACGGAGGAGACAUUGGAGAGGAAGAGUUCCGCCGGUUGAUGGAACAGCUAGCUCGGGAGGUUGAAGGCGCUUCUGGUGGAAACACCGCAGACGAGAACACGGUGGAUGGGGAUGCUGCGAUUAGAGAUAGCAAUGAUGAGAAUGCCGGAGAGGAGGGUGGGACAAGCGGCAUAAUACAGAGUCUAUUGGGACUUGUCAGAGGUAGGGGAGGAACCCGCCCCGAAGGUGGUGGUGAUAGUGGUGGUACAGGGGAAAUUUGA